UCGUGAAGAGAGACGUGCAUGUGUGCUCCGAAAGUGCUCAUGCGCAGUCACGUGCUUCAAGGUUAUAAAUACAGCAUCGUGGAGAGACAGAAACGAGAGUUGUCAUACCGCAUUUGUCGCAUGAUGGCGCAACAUGUUGGUUACUCGCUCGCGCCGGUUACUUUUCUACUUGUUUUCGGAAUUUUUCACCUAGCGAAUGGCGUCUCGUUGAAAUUCAACGGUGUUGUUUUGUCAAAUAUCGUAAAUUCAGUUCGUCUUAUCGAUCCUAAUGUCGAGCUCAAAAACACAACGUUGUACAAUGUGGAUACCGAGGUAAAAACGGCUUCCGGCCUCUUCGUUGAGGUCGGAUUCAAGGAACCUUAUAACAACUAUGAAGAUGACCUAUCUCUGAGCUGGUCACCGAACGACCAAGAAUGCGACGAUAAGUAUGGUCGUCUGCGCAAGUUGUCGACCUCGCGUACGGGCAAUCUCGUGAUUUACAAAUUACCCGAUCACUGUUGUUUUGAGGUUACCGACGUCUAUUUUUGUCUGGGAACCGUUACCCCGCACGGCCAUUCGCCGUAUAAUCUUGGAGGAAACUUCGCCGUAAGACUGCUGACCAAUGACGAAACGCCAGUGCGUUCGUCACGCGAUAAUGGAAUUGAGGCGUUAAUGGGUGAUGCACCGGCCUCGGAUCCGUACGAAUUAGUACGAAUCGAAGGAAUACGAGUCGAGACAGCUGAAAAAGAGCCUUUGUAUACAGAGGAGGGCAUACCAGAAAUUCUGACGGAUUCACCGGCGACGUUGCGCUUAUUCGGCACCGGUAUCACCAAAGAUACUGUAAUCACAUUCACGGAUAUACCCCAAGAAAGGGGUACGAUUUGCGACAAAAUAAAAACGAAGGAGUUUGCCGUGAGAUCUGUGGAAAAAUACACGGCUCUGAUUGAUGUUAAUUUACCGCUUGGCUCCCCAUUCUUCAUAUGCGUUAAGCAAGGAAUUUACGAUAACAAUCAUCCCAAGAGUCAAGAAGAACUUUUCAAACAUCAAGGAGUCGAAAGUUACAACGUCAUUCGUACCUACAAGAAAAAUUUACCACUGUGGUUGAGUAUCCUUAUUAUCUUAACGUGUCUGAGCUUCUCCGCCUUGUUUUCCGGACUCAACUUAGGAUUAAUGGCAAUGGACAGAACGGAAUUGAAAAUUCUGUGCAACACUGGAACCGAGCAGGAAAAGAAAUACGCCAGAAUAAUCCAGCCAGUUCGAAACCGUGGUAAUUACUUGCUGUGCUCCAUUUUGUUCUCGAACGUACUCGUCAAUUCACUUUUUACGAUUCUCCUGGACGACCUCACUUCUGGCCUCGUCGCUGUCAUCUGUUCGACCCUCGCGAUCGUAAUAUUCGGUGAAAUUUCGCCUCAAGCAUUUUGCAGCAGACACGGACUUUGUGUCGGAGCAAAAACAAUUUUCGUGACGAAAUGUACGAUGGUGUUAACUUUUCCACUCAGUUAUCCUAUAAGCAAACUCUUGGAUUUCAUGCUGGGUGAAGAAAUUGGAAAUGUUUACAAUCGUGAGCGUCUGAAGGAACUUGUGAGGGUUACUACGGGAUACAACGAUUUGGAGAAGGACGAAGUUAAUAUUAUUUCCGGUGCACUGGAAUUGCGCAAAAAAACUGUCGCUGACGUAAUGACCCGCAUCGAGGACGUCUACAUGUUGGAUUACGAUGCAAUUUUGGAUUUUGAGACUGUUUCAGAAAUCAUGAAAUCAGGAUUUUCACGGAUACCUGUGUACGAGGGUGCGCGCACAAAUAUCAUAACGAUGCUGUACAUCAAGGACCUCGCUUUCGUUGAUCCCGAUGACAAUACGCCGCUCAGAACACUCUGUCAGUUCUAUCAAAAUCCGUGCAACUUCGUCUUUGAAGAUGUCACGCUUGACAUUAUGUUCAAACAGUUCAAAGAAGGCCAUAAGGGACACAUGGCCUUUGUGCAGCGAGUCAACAACGAGGGUGAGGGUGAUCCGUUUUACGAAGUUAUUGGACUGGUUACCCUCGAAGAUGUUAUCGAAGAAUUGAUUCAAGCCGAAAUCAUGGACGAGACUGAUGUCUUCACGGACAAUAGGAGCAAACGGAAGAGGUUAGCGCGUCCAAGACCAGUCCAGGAUUUCACUGUGUUUGCGGAAAAGAAAGAGAACCAACGUAUCCACAUAUCACCACAAUUAACGCUGGCAAUGUUCCAAUAUUUGUCGACGAUCGAUCCUUUCAAACCGAACACGAUAUCGGAAACUAUACUACGCCGCUUAUUGAAACAAGACAUAAUAUAUCAUAUCAAAGUAAAGAACCGAGAAAAGGCGCGAAACGAUCCUGCUGCUGUCAUAUACCAACAAGGCAAACCAGUCGAUUAUUUCGUGCUCAUACUCGAGGGAAGGGUCGAAGUUACAGUCGGAAAAGAAAAUCUCAUGUUCGAAAGUGGUCCGUUCACGUAUUUUGGACAACAGGCGCUCAGUACUAACGUAGUAAUUGCGGAGUCUCCAACGAACGCGAAUCCUCAAACAUUGGGAAGUAUCCAAUCGGUAAACUUGGAUGCAAUAUUGCGUCACACAUUCGUCCCGGAUUAUACGGUACGAGCGAUCACAGAAGUUUUCUACGUUAAAGUCAAAAGAUCUUUGUAUCUUGCGGCUAAACGUGCCACACUUUUGGACAAGAGCCAGAAAGAUUCUAGUCAAGAUCAGUUUGACGAUGAAGUUGAGAAACUACUCCAUUCUCUGGACGAGGAUGAUCGCAGUGUCCUCGAGUCUCCAACGUUAUCAAGGAAAGAUUAUAAAGAUAAGGAUGCCUCCGAAACGCAGAAUUCGCCUAGGAAAAGUGUCACAGCGCCAACUUCGCCUGUACCAGUGAGCGCCAGCCCAGUGACGAACUCGAAAUUCAUAUCAACGCGUACCGGGCACAACGGAAAAUUGAAAACAUCACCGGUAAACGCUGAGAAAAUUCCAAGUCCACCAGGAGAAAACACGAAAAGCAACGAGGAUAGCGAAGUAACCAACAGACAAAUAGAAGCCUCGAGGUUAUCGGGGUCAAACAAUCAUCAGGAAAUCGAGGAAACGACGAAUCUACUGCCGAAGCAAGAGCGUUCAUAACGCUUGGAGAACGGCCGUAAGUGCGAAAAAGCAAAAACGGCGUCAGAUAUGACAGCAGCAGCGACAACGAAAGAACGCUACAGCAAGGCUCGAGAUGUGCCAGCGUGACACGAACUGCAACGUUAGCACUAGGUACUUAAACAAGUUGAUUAGUCACAUGACAGAACAAACAAACAAAAAUCGUAUCCACGGAUAGACAAAGUGUUUAUGAUAUUAUAUAUAAAAUAUUCAAUGCACACAUGAGUGUACAUAAAUGGAUAUAUAUUAUAUAUAUAUCGAGCCCCGAAGGGUGUACCCGAUCUUACGAAACAUUGACGUUGUUAAUUUCGCUCAGGGAAUUAAUGCCAAAUGAACGUGGCUCGACGACGGACCGUUUGAGCACUUCCAAAAUAAUAUUUAAAAACAAAAUGACAAUUUUCCACUCAAAUUAUUGAAAUUAAGAGGAUUUAAGAGCCAAAUAGUAUUUCGAAUUGCCAGUUAAAGAGAGCUAAUCAUUACCGUUUUAUAACGGUCUUAAAAUAUGACAGAGAAAAAGAGAGAGAAAGAGAGAGAGAGAGAGAGAGAGAGAGAGAGAGAGAACAGUUACUACACGAAUGUUUGGGUCGAAAAGAUACAAAGAAAAUUUCAUUUUAUGAAACUAUCACAAAGUAUUACUCAUAAAAAGGAAUCUUCAAAGUUAAUGAGACAUUAUUGUUAUAAUUGUUCUUUCACAAAUAUUUAUUUAUACAAAAUAAUUAUUUGUCAUGAAAAUCACAUGAUUUUUUCGUAAUUAUCAACAUGAGGAACAAAGAACUGUUAAACUGUGCAAAGUUCGCUCGUUUCAGUCAGCAACCAUUUGUCAUCUGUAUAUAUCAUUCCAAAUCGUCCUUAACAUCACACGACUAUAUACACACACAUGCAUAUUUACCAUUUCCCUCGAGUUUUUAAUAUUUGUAAUUUUUUUGGUUUUUCUUUUUUCAAAGAACUUGUACUACUCUCGGAUCGUAAGGAUGUCAAAAGUCUUUUGACGUCUCGCAAUAAUAGCAUCAUUCAAAUUCCCCCCCCCCCCCCCCCCCGCAACAUCUACGGUUAAUGAAUCAUCGAUAGACAUUUUUUUAUACUAUUGUAACGACAGGACCCAUCGACUAUAGUUCGCGUUGUACCUUUACGAGAUUAUAAGAAAAAAAAGAUUUUAAACAUAAAUGAAAGAUGAUUCUCUAUCGAUUAGAGUUUAAACGUUUGAGAUUACGGGUACGCCUUUUUGGGUAAUUUGUGUGGACGAGAAAAAAAAACAAAUCAAUUAGAUCGUGAUACAAGAAUUGAUGUAGCGAAUCCCAUCCGUAAUUAAUACACGGGUAUUAUACUGAAAAAAAAGAAAAAAUUAAAAGAGAAAUGGGAUGAACGGAUAUUUAUCGAGAUGAGAAUUGAGCGUGAAUUUUCUAUGAUGCCGUUAAAUAAUGUUCGGAAUAGUAGUUCACUUAAGCAACCAAAGCCGAAAGGUUGAUACAAUUCCAAUUUAAAUAUCUCGCGAUGCGACUAAAAAAGAAAAAAAAAACAACAACAAUAGCGACAAAACAUCAUUUAUUUAUCAAAUUCCAUUUUCUGACUGGAAAUUUAUGCGCAAAGCAUUCUUAAUUGUAUUGAAAAAUUGUAAAAGAGGUUAAGCGUUGUCUUUGAUAUUUACCAUUGUUUUUCGUCUCUCUUUUCUUUUUUUUUUAUCAUUCGUUUAUUUUUUUUGUCUUUUUUUUCUUUCGUUACGUAAAGUGUGAAUUUUUAGAGAACCCUCGGGUUUAUGUACGAAUUUAGGCGACAUAGGUCGACUGCCUUUUACUUAAUGCCUUAAACGUUGAUACUUUAUUUUUUUAUACGCAAGUUUCGCGAAGAGAAAAACUUAGUGGUAGAACGAAAAAAAAAGAAAUUACGAAACGCAUGUUAUUGUUCGCCCAUCGAGGAUCGUCGAUUUUUUCAACCGCGGAAUUUUUCUUUUCUCUUUGUACAAUCGGAAUAAAACGCUUGAAUAUUGACCCGAAGUGUGUGAAUCGGUAAUGGGGAAAAUCAAGAAAAAUUUGUUCGAGGAUGACCUUUUUCACAAUUCCGUCAAAAACAAUAGUACUUUGAAAAUAGCAAAAAAAUCUCCUGUUAGAAUGAUUCUUUUUCUCGUAUUCGAAAAUCCCUUGGAAAAGCGGCGUGAAAAAUUAUUUUUAUUCGCAUAAAAACAAACCUCAAAAAUGCAGUUUCGAUUCCGAUCAAUAUCGAUUUAUAAUAUUUAAGCUGUUACAAUGUUUACUGCCAUAUUAUUUAGUACAUGUUAAAAAUCGUUAUAGUUCUGUAAUUUUAAAUGCAUUUCUCGAAGAAACGUCGUCAAAAUAAAAACACAAUUUUACACUUUUUCGCGAUGUUCGACAAAAUUAUUGACUACGAGUCAAAAACAUUAAAAAAAACGCAUGAAAAAUAGAAUCACAAGAUCGUACGUCAUUGUUAUAUUUAUUCAGUUUACGUGUCGCCGAGUUUCUUUUCGGAACGGAAUUUAACAGGCAUCCGUUUGCAUCGUAUACCAGAAAAAAAAACACAAAGAAUUAUCCUCGAUAUAAAAAUGGGGACGAACGAAGAGGAAAAACUGAAGCCGGUGCUCGAACUCGUAUCCCUUUUUGUAUUUUUUAUUUCAUAUUUUUUCCGUUCAGUUCCCGUGCAAAACGAAAUGGGAAUCGUAUUAUACGUACUUAUAAUUGUGUAAUCAUUCAAGUGUAGCGUAAAAUUACAAUGUUGUUGGUUUUUCUUCACUCUUGUUAUUAUUAUUAUUUUUUUUUUAGAAAUAUUCACGAUAUCUUUGUAUGUCUCUGUACAUGAACAUCAUCUCCGAAAAGAUCAGAUAACAGUCGUCAAAGAAUUGUUGAAUUUUCUUCAGACAUAGAAAAAACCCAGUGAGACGCGCCGCAAAUAAACGAUAAACGAAAAAAAGUGAAUUUUGCGAAUUUGAGAAUAAAAAAAGAGAAAUAAAAGUUUUAUUGGUGCGCUACUUACUACGUUUUUUCGCAGAAAACAUCUAUUAAAAAUACUCUAAUGUAAGUCAAAUUUGCAUUUGUUUAGAUACGUCGUAUCACGACGACCUGUAUACAAACAUCCUACGUAUCGUUACGACAAAGAGUUAACGAUAAACGAAAAAUGUAUUUACAAAAUAAAAUUCUCAACACAUAAA